ACCAGUGUGGGCAGGGAUUAGCAACAUGGCAAGGUUACCCGUGUUUGAGGAUAUCAGAGCAUCAUACUACGAUUUGCACGGAACAGAGCUGAUGUACAACAGAAUCAUCGGCCCCAGAACCAAUGCUCUCAGUGUCGACCAACACAAGAGCAGACAUGGCAUCCGCCUGCGCAGUAUGAGUUUUCCCAGAAAGACCAGACGAGGCUUACGCUCUCCAUCCUCCCCAGCCCUCUCCAUGACAACGCCCAUAGCAACGCAGCUCGUUCCCAUGGUAACCUCAUCCUCCACCUUGUUACAGCGGGAAAAGUCAUUCCCUGGCACAGCCCCAAAGAGCGGCAGUAUGGUUCCCACAACACCACAAGCCGGCACCCCCGAGCCAGAAGUAAUAGAAGAAGAAGUAUUCCCCAUGCAGUACCCAUUAUUGCAUGACGAGAUGAACAGACAACGUGCAAUCGCUGCUCAGAGCUUCAGCGCAGGGCUGAAGAUCAAACAGGUUCCACUGCCACAGCUGUACAAACAGGAGAAGGACCAGCCACGAUCGAGAACGCCGUCUGCGCGGGGUGUACGCACUGUGCCCGUGUACAAGGACAGGGAGACGCCCAGUCCAGCCCCUCAGGCCACGACGUCCCGCCUGUACCUGCGAGACACGCGCUCCCCCAUCAGGAACAUGAGUGAACAGCAGAGGAGACUGCAGGAUGAGGAGAAGGCCAGGAUGAGGACCAAGGUCAUGAAGAGAACAGCAGAGAUUGUGUCCCACAGAGUAGACCGGAUGUACUACAUGAUGGGGUCCAAUGUGCCGCUGCUGUACCGGUACCAGGUGGACGAGGAUGAGUUGAACCGGCUGCGAGAACUGUCCCACGCACGCUCCAGUACCUCGCACUACGGCAGGGGACUCAGCAGUGGGAUGGGAAAAUAUAAGUGGGCCCAGGAAAUGGCACCACAAGACUACCAAGCUCCCCCCGACAACCCGCCUGGUAUGGCCACUAUCCCUAUCAUCAGGCAUGAAGCAGAGGGGGGUAGUGAGCAGUUGAACAGCACCAAGAAACACCCCAGCCCUGUUAGCAGUAGAGCCUCUCCCACAGCAGAGCAUCAGCAGAUGCACAGUAUCCACAUCCAGGUGGAGAGACUGAGUCUGAAGGACGGGUCCAUGCAGGACGGUCCUGCCAGUCUCAACGUCGAGAUCAACAGUUCCCCGGGGGGCACGGAGAAGAACCAGUCUGCAGGGGGUGGGGAGAGAGGUCAACAGGAGGACCUUGGCAGUGUUGCCGAGUCUGUAGCCCUCCCAGGAGAGGAGGGAGAAGAAGAGGAAACAUCAGGUGUGCCUACAGAGGAGGUGUCAGCCUGGCAGAAGGGGGAGGAUGGGGCAGAGUCAGUGAGGGACCAGGAAGAGGCUGUCCUUGGUGCAGGAGAAGCUGAAACCGGUCAGGACCAGUCCCAGCUGGAAUCAGGUGGCCCCCAGCUGACUGUCUCACGCCACUCUACACCACAGCCAAGUGGAACGCUGAUAAAGAUUGUCCGGGGUGACAGUAGUCGGCCACGCAGCAGGGAGGAUGUAUUCAACACCGAAUUUGAAAAUCCAGAUGAUGAAGACCAAGCGUCACAGCGGCAAUUGAGGGAACAAUUUCAGGAGGGAGAGUUUGAAGAUGGAGAAUGGGUUCCUCAGAGGGGGAAUGAUGAUGAUGGUGAUGAUGAUGAUGAACAGGGUGGUAACAAUGUUGCUGAGGGAGAGUCUUACACAAGGAGUUAUGGAGAAUUCAAUGUGACUGUCAGAACUGUGGAGAAAAAUGGAGACUCUCAGCAGCCUGAGUCAGGAGACAGAGGGGAGGGGAGAACCAGGGGGAGAAAACAAGACAACAGAACGAUGAUUGGUGGACUCAGGAGAAAGGGAAAACCGGAGGGUGGCUAUGUGGACUCAGAUGCAGCUGUAUCUACAGGUGGUAGAGGUGAUGCAGACUUGGCUGCUGCUACAGAAGAGUAUUACAGACAGCUGCAUGAAGGACGGGAUGAUGAGGAGGAGUUGGAGGAGGAGGACACAGGAGAUGGAGCAGGAACAGAUGAGCAUGAUGCAACAAGGAAGUACCCAUUCCUUAAGAAAUUCAUGUUCACCUUCAUGACAUCGAGACAACAGCAGAUCUUUGAAAAGAAGUUUGAUGAGAUUGACUACGAAGGUCAAGGGGUCAUCACCAUGGAGAUGCUGAAGAGCAGGAUGUUUGGGAACUUGAAAGAGAGAGACCUGGAUCUCCUUAUGAAGGUGUUUGACCUGAACAGUGACAGAACAAUAGACAAGCGGGAGUUUGUGACAGUGGCAGCUCUUAAUGACAAGCUGAGGGGAAUAACUACACUGAGCCCAAAUGACCCACUGGAGCUGAAUCUUGACAAACUGGCAUUCCACAUACAGGCCUACAAGGAGAUGUUUCAGGUGGUUGACACAGACGGUGACGGGCGCCUGACUAUGGAGGAGAUCAUGCUGCUGUUGUCAGCAGCUGUCGGGACACAGAUGGGGACAGACAAGGACCUGGUCAGGGCCAUCAUCAAGGUCCUGGACAAGGAUGGAAAUGGCUCUAUUGACUUUGUGGAGUACCUUUCCUUCAUCCCGUUCUUCCUCCACAUCCAUCAGUACAUCGUGAAGCGACCAAUCAGCAUCACCGAUGUGGAGAACGCUCGCCAGGCUGUCCAGAAGGCUCUGUCCAGGAGAACUCUGUGAUCACAGUGGUCUCUACAUGUAUAGUGACCACUCAUGGGAAUGUGUUGACAGUAGACAAGUGGUCACUUACAGACAGGAUUCUUUAAGUUAAUGCUUGAGUCAAUGGGGAAGAUAAAGCUGGACCAACAAAAGUGGUCAAAGUGUCCAGGUGGUAACGUUACUUGUAUGGAGGUGGUCAAGAGUACAAGUUUGACUGUACAGUGUGCAAAGUGCAUAUAUAUAGGGCUGCAUCUAAAUGUAGGGCAAUCAUUUAUUAGUGCAAGCAUUGCUGACACCAUGCUGACAUUUUGUAACCAUGCAAGCUGUUGAAGUGUUAAAUGUAAGUUGAAGUCAUUUGAAAAUUGUAAAACAACAAUCUUGUCUGCAAGCUAUUUUUAGAACCUUUGAUAUUGUUCUGGGAUGUUUUGUUAAAGGUGGCAUGGAUGCUGUUGAUAAUAGUUUUCAUGGUGUUGUGGAAACACUCCAUAGAGGAGCUAUUGACUAUUUUUAUUUAUCUCAUUAGAAAAGUGUGUUGCACAGCUUUAACAUGACUCUUGUGCUGAAGAUGCAUGAAACUGCUUUUCAAAACACCAAUGAAUGCAAUUAUGUUUAUUGUUCAGUUAUGUUUUGUGUGAACACUUGGCCUUUGAAAGAACUUGGACAAUGUUGUACAAUGUAAGGGUU